CAGAGUACGAAAGGCGCGGGAUGUGGUACAUUUAUCAAAAUCUUGUGAUGAUACGUUCAAUCAGCUGGUGCAGGGUGGAGUUUCCACGGAUGAGCUUUACAACACUGUUUGCAAGCAGGAGGUUGAGAUUGUUCUCACUGCUCAUCCCACACAAAUAAAUCGAAGAACAUUACAAUAUAAACACCUUAGACUUGCUCAUCUUUUAGAGUAUCGUGACAGAAAAGAUCUUGGGAGCGAAGAUAAAGAAAUGCUAAUAGAAGAUCUGGUCAGAGAGAUCACUUCAUUGUGGCAAACAGAUGAGCUUAGGCGCCAUAAACCUACACCAGUAGAUGAAGCUAGGGCUGGAUUACACAUCGUGGAGCAGUCCCUUUGGAAAGCUGUACCUCACUAUUUACGCCGUGUCAGCAGUGCUCUGAAGAAGCAUACUGGAAGGCCACUCCCAUUGACAUGCACACCAAUAAAAUUUGGAUCUUGGAUGGGUGGUGAUAGAGAUGGGAAUCCAAAUGUAACAGCAAAGGUGACAAAAGAUGUCUCCCUUUUAUCCAGGUGGAUGGCUAUUGAUCUCUACAUACGGGAAAUUGAUAGCCUCAGAUUUGAACUGUCAAUGAAUCAGUGCAGUGAUAGAUUGUCAAGACUGGCACAUGAGAUUUUGGAAAAAGAAGCUCUAUCAGAGGAUCGACACGAGAGUUGGAACCAAACACUAAGCUGGAAUCAAUCGAAGCAUCACAGCCAACAAGCUCCCUCGCUUCCUACACAACUUCCAGCUCGAGCUGAUCUACCCUCUUGCACAGAAUGCAAUGACGUGGAAUCUCACUAUCCUCGACUGGAUCUUCCUGGAACAGAGUACAAGCCAUUGAAUCGUCAGGAUGGUCAAAAUUCAUCAAGGCUGGAUUCUUCAUUCCAGGAUUCCCAUAUACAUCUUCCGAAAACUUCUGCAAAUGGAAAUAUAGCUAAUUCUAGCAAUGCUCAGUCAAAAAUGGGAGCACGUGCCGCUUCUUUCAGCUCUAGUCAUCUCCUUGCUCAGAGGAAACUUUUUGCUGAAUCUCAGAUUGGAAGGACCAGCUUCCAGAAGCUUCUGGAACCAAGCAUUCAGCCUGGAAUUGCUCCAUAUAGACUUAUUCUUGGGAACGUAAAAGAAAAGCUUAUGAAGACACGGAAGCGGCUGGAGCUUCUUCUAGAGGAUCUUCCUUGUGAACAGGAUCCUUGUGAUUUUUAUGAAACAUCAGAUCAACUUUUGGAGCCACUUCUUCUAUGCUAUGAUUCUCUGCGAUCAUGUGGUUCUGGGGUUUUGGCUGAUGGUCGGCUUGCUGACCUAAUCAGAAGAGUGGCUACGUUUGGGAUGGUUUUACUGAAGCUUGACUUGCGUCAGGAAUCUGGUAGACACUCUGAAGCACUUGAUGCAAUUGCCAGAUAUCUGGAUAUGGGUACAUACAGUGAGUGGGAUGAAGAAAGAAGACUGGAAUUUCUAACAAGAGAGCUGAAAGGGAAGAGGCCUCUGGUUCCUCCAACGAUAGAGGUUGCCGCUGAUGUUAGAGAAGUCCUGGAUACCUUCCGAGUGGCUGCUGAGUUGGGAAGUGAUUCCCUAGGAGCAUAUGUGAUUUCUAUGGCCUCAAAUGCAAGUGAUGUCCUUGCUGUGGAGCUUCUCCAGAAAGAUGCCCGUCUUGCGAUCUGUGGGGAGCUAGGUAGACCAUGCCCUGGUGGAAU